AUGGCCGACGGGCCGCACCUGGCAGCCGAGGCCCCGGCGGCGCCGCCCCCGCCCGCGCUGACGCCCGCAGCCACCGCGCCAGUCGCCGACUCGGGCCAGACCAACACCGACUCGGGCUCCGAGGUGUCGGACGAGGGCUACCGCAGCCUGGGCGCCGUGGCGUCCCCGCCGCAGGCGCCGCCGCCGCCCCCGCCGCCGCUACCGACCGCCGCGAACACAGCUAUGGCAGGUGCCAAGUCGCGUGCCGAGCAAACAUCAGAGGUGAGAGGGGAUGUCGGAAGAAGUGAAGGGGAACUCCGUGAAUGUUGGACUAAUGGUGAUGUUAUCGCGUGUCUGAUGGAUGUUAAGAGUAAUGUUGCGAAGUCAAAAUCAUUUAUCAUCUUAGACCUGUAG